AUGAAUUUCAACUCAUGCACAAGGAUAUUAACAAGAAGCUCCGACGCCUACGGAACAGUUCACGAAGGAGUUUUGUUGAAGGAUGAAGCUGACAAGGUGAGUUUUAUUUUAAAUGGUUCAUUUGUGCAAAUAGGAAAGCAAACGAACGACGGUCACUGUGAAAAGGAUCGAUCCGGAGAGAAACGACGAGUGAGCGCUCGCCGAUAUGAUGGAAGAGGCACGAGUCAUGCAACUCUACCAACAUCUCAAUAUUGUCAACUGCACAACAAGGACAAAGAGCACAAGGAGUCGACGGUGGACUCGGAUCGAACAAACGAUGGUGUCAAGGAGAAACCGGAGAAGCAGGAGAAAAACGAGAAGAGCAAUACUGUCACCUCCACCACCCCGCCUGAU